AGGAUCGGCAACAGUGUGCAUGCCACAUGUGUGUUGGCUUGCACAGUGCUUCAUGAAACCGCCGCCGCAAACGCUCUUGGCUCCAUCAAGGAAAUAAGGUUUGUCGAUGUCAAGGAAACGAUCGAGCAGGAGAUCGCCACCCAAAUGAAGGCGAGAUUUGGGACAUCUGGUGAUGAUGAGGCGGGGACGGCAGGGCAUGGCGAAGGAAUAUGGAAAUAUGCAAAACGAGCCGAAGAGGUUGGAUUUCCUAUUUCAUGUGCCGUCCAUUCACUAAGCACAGUACCUUCGGAAACAAAGGAAAUUUUGCGAUGUGGAAAUCAGAGU